UUAACUUUUCGGGGAAUUCUCUUUCACAACAAUUAACUGGCUCUGAUGUGAACUGGGCACCUCGCUCUGCUCUAGUAUUUUAAGUCUUAACAAAAUGUGUGUGAGAUAUCUUGGAUUUGUUCUUUUGGUUUGGUUCCCAGGAGGACUGCAUUCACAAAGUGCAGGUCAGCCGUGUCGUGCUCUGACUCUUGAUGGUGGUUAUUUGGUCCCGGAAGAAAACACGUAUUCUCAUGAAGCCAACCUCACGUAUGGCUGUGAUAAUGGACUUAAACCAGCAGUGGAGGGUUGGUGGGCCACAAUCACAUGUCAAAAUGGUGAAUGGUCGCCUAAACCACAGUGUAUAGAUGAAAAAGCUUGCAUUCCACCAGAUAUACCCAAUGCACAAUACAAAAAAAACCUCAGAGGUUGGUAUAAGAACAAUCAACGACUCAGGGUAAGAUGUGACGAAGGAUAUGAACACAAAGGCAAUGAUGCUACAGCCAUAUGUACAAAUGGAACAUGGUCCUCUGUGCCGGUCUGUGAGAAAAGUAUCAAAGCAUGUGGUGAGCCCCCUAAAAUCCCCCAUGCAGUCAUCAUCCAUCAGGUAUACCAUGAGUUGUUUGCUGCAGAUUCAGUAGUGCAGUAUGAAUGUGAAGAUGGAUAUACUGUAGAGGGAGGAGGAACCAAGGAAUACAUCACUUGCAUGUCUGGAAGCUGGACUGAAGGCCCAAUGUGCAACAGAGGAACCAGUUUAGGUACUGGAGAUGAUGGAGGUACAUCUGGCAGCAGGACACCACCUGCAGGUGGAGGAUGGUCUGCCACCUCUGGCUCGAAUGAGAGAGACAGGAGACCUCCAUUCACAGCAGACAGAGGAACCAGUUUAGGUACUGGAGAUGAUGGAGGUACAUCUGGCAGCAGGACACCACCUGCAGGUGGAGGAUGGUCUGCCACCUCUGGCUCGAAUGAGAGAGACAGGAGACCUCCAUUCACAGCAGGCAGAGGAACCAGACCAGAGAAGGGACUUUGUGGAGACAGAGGAACCAGUUUAGGUACUGGAGAUGAUGGAGGUACAUCUGGCAGCAGGACACCACCUGCAGGUGGAGGAUGGUCUGCCACCUCUGGCUCGAAUGAGAGAGACAGGAGACCUUCAUUCACAGCAGUCAUCCACUGUGGAGCAUACCCAAUCGUACCAAACGGUGAUGUUGUGAAAGAAGAUCCAAUGUUUUUGAAAUACCAAUGCAAUGCCUUUUAUAAACAAGUGGGUUCAGACACCGUGAGGUGUCACAGUGAAGGCAACUGGUCACAACUACCCAUCUGCCAAGAGGCAUUCUGUGUCAUAGAUCUUGCUCAAUAUCCUGUGGGCGGUGUUAAACUAUCUGGACGUGAAUAUGUAACUGAAGGAGAAACAAAGUACAUUCAGUGUAUCUGGAAUUAUUACAGCAGUCGUGUUCAGUGCAUCAAUAGAACAUUUUUUUAUACCCAGUGUUGUCAUCACUAUGACCAUUACCGGGGAGCUUGCUCGUAAAGCACAGCCGACGAUUCGCUGCUCGACUGACAACUAAAGCCAAGUUGGACACUUCUAAAAUUCCUCCACCAGAAAACGAUACCCAAAACAUUAUUGCUUUUUCAUUUGGAUCAAGAAUAUAUACACACAAUGUUGGAGCUUAUUUUUAUGACAGGAACUCUUGAUGUAUUAAUAACAUGAUCUGUACUUUUAAAUAAAGUUGAUAUGUCAACAGCAGACUGAAUAAAAUGUUCACUAUAGAAAUCU